AUGACCAGAGACAUCGCCCCGUGUGAACACCAUUCCUCCUUCGACUCAAAGAGCCUCUUCAAAAUUUUGUUGAGUCGCGAAUAUUUUGUCAUUCGCCUCCGUUGCUACCCGAUUUCAGGGCCAUCUUCUGCCGAGAAGUCUCUCCACCAGAGACUGGGUUCUCACGACAAUAACCGUUUUGGGACUAGUGGCGACUAA